UGGCUCAAGAUGACUCAAGUCAGAUGCAGGAAUACCCGACUUAGUCUCACGAGCUGCUUGAGAUGGAGACAUGGGGGAAGAAGAGCAGGCUGCAUUUGGUGAAGUUGCUUCUUUUCAUGAUCCUCCUGACUGCGAAAGAUGAGACGCGACGGCGCCGACUGGACGGUGGUUCGGUCACGGCGCACGGUGGACGGAACUGGAACAUUGGCCAUUCAGUGGCAAGGAAGACUGCCAUUCCAACUGAGAGGCCAACUGUUUGGCCCACUAAGUUGGAGGAGCUCCUCCAGUGUCAUUCACUGCAGUGGAGGAGAAGACACACACUGAGAAUGGUUGGCGAAUGCAUGCUGGACGAAAGAUCCCUUGGAAUCUCUUCAGUCCAAAGGUGCCAUUUCGAGCGACCUUGGUUCCAAACCAUCAGCAUCCUCAGAUGCUUAUGAGCACUGGAGAUUUCGAGAUCCAUCAUCUCACGCUGAGCCAUCAUGGAAAGGUGAAGUUUCUGGAGGGUCAGUCGAUUGGCGUCCUUCCGACGGUCACCGCCUCGCCGAACGCCGCCUUGGCCCUGGUGCGCUUGUACCCGAUCGCCUCAUCUCGAGCUGGUGAUGACCAGAGGUCCAAGACCUUCUCCCUGUGCGUGAAGCGAGUGCUGGCCGCGAAGCGAAGCGCGGAUGGAGUGAUGACUCGAGAGGACGAGUAUCAAGCUUCAUGUUCCAACUACCUUUGCUCAUUAAAGCUCGGUGACAAGGUCACCAUCACAGGCCCCAUGGGGAGAGAGCUUCUCCUACCCGAAGAUCUUCGUGGGCACACCUUGAUCUUCGUUGCUCGCGACCUCGGCCUGGCACCCGUUCGCGCGCAUCUUCGUCGGCUCCUCCACGAUCGGAAGGAGCAAGGCAGCUUCGAUGGAGCGAUACGGGUCGUUUUCGCAGGGCAUGAGAUGUAUGAGGAUGAGAUGAAUGCAUACGAGUCCUCCUACCCCAAGAACUUCCGAUAUUCGUCCGUCGAUGAUCUGGUGGAGCUACGGAAUCAGCUGCUCAAGGACGGCGAGGAGCUUUGGAAUUUGCUUCAGAAGCCAAGCACACAUCUCCUGAUCUCAGGCGGCAGAGACUUGGAUGCGAUGAUGGCAGAGGUCUUUCAGUCGGCGAAUGAAACGGGUUGGUUCCAGGUGCGACGGCGCAUGCAACGGGAGCAGCGCUACCACUGGGAGGGCGGAGGUUGAAGGCGGGUGUUCAUCAGUCCAAGCCGCUCGACCUUCGGCGAGUACAAGUGAGCGAAGAUGAGGGGUCGACCAGCGGGCGAUCAAGCAAAUCAGGGCAGCGAAGUCGGAUGGCAAUGCGGCAACAGUUGGUGCCUUUGCUUUAAAAGAGUAGCACUUGCUCGUUCCGGGGCGCAAGAGAGCGAUUUGCAGGUCCAUCCAGGGCGGAAUGGGGUGUGUUCCAGUCUCGAGUUCGUCUUCCACAUGUGCUGGCCUCACCAGCGGGUCAUAGCACCUGAGCAGAUGCCCUUUGGCCGCCUCACUGGACAUCACUGGGCUGGAUUUGUUGCUUUCUUUACUUCAUGAUGCGUGAGCUUUACUGGGAGGCUGAGGACUGAACCUGAAGUCACUGCUUCGCUGCAUGGUGUGCGUUCGGAAGUCAUGACUUCCCUACCCUGCCCAUGUGAAAACGUGGCUGCCAGCCAGGUGACAGCGGGAAAACGUCUUGGCACAUGAGACGCAUGAGAG